AUGUUUCAGGUUUUGGUUGCUUGUGCAGCAAGUAUAACUUACGCAGAGAAUCAUGUCCAAACUUCAGUGUCUGAAGAAGGUAGCAAUGAUAACAAAGGAAAGAAAAUUGUCGAAGUAAAACAGACAGAAACGUCGGGUAAAACCACCAAACACGAUGAAGAGUUUUCGAAAAAGGGACAGGAUUCAAAAGAUUUGCACAAAUCUUCCCAUAAGGAGAAGAAAGGAAAGAAGACAUCUCAUCAUGCAGAAGAUUCGCAUAAAUCAUCCAAACACUCCGCAGGCGAUGCUAAAUCCGGUUUAAUUUACGCUAGUGGCAAAAAACACAAGAAAGGAAAUUAUUUAAAGGGAUUUCGUGAAAAGUUCCACAAAGAUGAAGAGAAAAAACACGACAGCUUCUUCAGUAACGGGGAAAAAAGCGGCGAAUACGAAGUAUACGGAAAGAAAAAAUCCAAACAUGCCACGGACAGUUUCAACAAAGACCAGAAGAAAGCUCGUAAGAAUUCCUCCUCAGGCAAAUCAGGCGGCAAAACGUACAAAUCGGCUAAAGGACACCAUGACUCUGAUCACAAAAGCCACGCUACACAAGGGGGCGUCAAAACUCAUCACAAAAACUCAGAGAAACACGGCAAAAAACACGCUGCUCACGGCGGCAAAAAAUACAAAUUAGUAACAAUAGUAAUUGCCAAGGAUUCAAAGGUGCUAAAUCCAAGAGACAUAUUGUUUAGACAACGGGUUCAAAAUCAGCAAAGCAAUUUAGUUGUUACAGAUAACAAGGGCAAAGUUUUAAGAUACGGCAGACGUAGAAAAAUUGGUCUAGGUAAAAAUAGGAAUGGCAAAUUGGUGAAGAACAACAAAAAUGAUAACAAAAAUGUUAAUAACCAGCAAAUAAACAGCAUCAGUCGCACUCAAUUUACAAGCAAUUCUAAGGAAAGCGUCCUUGAUAAUGCCAAUACUAAUAACAGCAAUCACACUAGAAUAAGCAUUACUACCAAUGAAACUUGCACCGAAAUUGCAAGUUUAACCAAUAACGAUAUAAAUACAAAUAUUAAUAAUACUAACGACAACGCUAACAUUAGUACUAUUAGAAGUAAAAGGGAUACUAACGAAGUUGAACAAUCUACUAACUCUAAUGUAAAUCAAUUAACAGAAAAUUAUACUAAUAUUAAUGACACAAUGUCAGAAGAAGAUCGCAAAAUCAUUCGAAUUAAACUCCGUCCUAAUUCUUCGUUUAAUGUUACUUAUAAAGAGGAAAAUGGGACGACUGGUAACCUAAAGCAAUCGACGGUGAUACAUUUAAAACCAUUACCGAGUACACUAAAUUUUACCGCCCUUGAAAGUGCAAUAAAUAAUUAUGAAAAGAAGAAAAAGGCGAACAUGCUUCUUCAAGAAUCCAAAGAAACGACGGCUACACAAUUGCUUUCUAAAAGUGUAACCGAAAAUGUAACUCAAAUAAGUUACGAAUUGAAUAAUAACACUAAGGAAAUAUCGUCCACUGCAAGACCACCAUUAACAUUAGAAGACAUAAGAAAUACAGCAAGCAGCCUUGUUAAUAAAUCUACUAAGAAUAAAGCAGGAAAAAGACCAUUAGGAAACAGAAAAAGGGUUCAAAUGCAUGAGAAUCUGAAAACAACGCCAAUUAGCGAAACUAAAAUGAAUGAAUACAUUAAUCUACUGCAGAAAGUCAAGACUGAGGCCGGCCCAUCAAAUGCGUCUAUGCAAAUUAACUAUCGCGACACAAACUUAUCCACACCUAAACCAAAAGGACUAAAGAAAAAUCGACGAAAACCAAAAACAGUGAGUAAGCACAUGUUGUAG